GCUAUAGAGCAAAAGAAUAUUGAAGGAGCAAAGAUCUAUGCAGAAAAUGCGAUACGAAAGAAAAAUGAAGGAUUGAAUUACCUACGCAUGGCGUCCAGGGUGGACGCUGUCUCAUCCAGGGUCCAAUCGGCUAUGGCAAUGAAAGAAAUUACAAAGAAUAUGGGAAGUGUAGUGAAAGGACUUGAUAAAGCAAUGGCAUCCAUGGACCUACAAAAGGUGUCUCAAAUUAUGGAGAAGUUUGAAUCACAGUUCGAAGACCUAGAUGUCCACACACAGGUUUUGGAAGGUUCUCUCGGUAAUGCAACAACUCUAAGCACGCCACAGGAUCAGGUUGAUCAGCUGAUAAAACAAGUGGCGGACGAGAACGGCUUGGACGUAAUCAGCGAUCUUGCAGAAGCACCUGAGGUUAGCGAUACAAUAGCAAGCUCUUCAAGAUCUAUGCAAGAAGAGGAUGUCCUGUCCAGGAGGUUAAGGGCACUCAGAGAAUGAAAAUGGCUCUCAAACAUUAGACAGAGCAGAAAGGUUAAGAUUAUCAGGCACACCAGGUGAAGGAGAAAAUGCACUUAUUUCCAAAUUCAGAUAUUUCAUGUAGUCUUUAUUACCUCACAAAUGUGGCAAAGACAAGCCAAACUAGUCACUUGUCUCAAAUCGUGUUUCAGAGAUAAUGGCCAAAACAUGCUGGAAUAUCAAAAUUUUUAACAAUUUGGUGAUGGUCUCUGCCUAAAGCUUUGAUUUAAAAGAUUCCUUUACCAUUUUAUAUCUCUCAUUUUACAAUCCUGUAUUAAUAACUAAAAAUCCAUUUGUGUGUUGAUUGACUGGUUUGGCUUGCCUUUACUACGGCUAGUAUAAUAACAUAAUGAAGUAGUCAUAUGAGACUUACUAAGUUUUUUUUAUAAUAGCGUUAAAUAAUUUGUUAACACCCUAGUUCCCUUAAACUUAUAUGAUUGAAGGUGUUACAACAGCUAGUCAGUAGCACUUCAAAGAGUGCAUUUAUUUUGAACUAUUUUCAGUAACCAUGAAAUAUAAUAUUAAUUUAAUUUAAUAUUAAAGCCCUUAAUGAUCAGUACCUGCAGGAACUGGAUAGGUCACCCUCUUUAAAAAUGGUAAUAAAUUAAACCCACUGGGGUGACUGGACAGGAACAGAAUUUGGUUACCAAAAUAAAAUUAUAUAAGAAUUUAAAAUAAAAAGUUAAACAAUAAAACUAUUUGAAUUUAUAAUGCACCUUAUUUAGAAAUUAUAUUAUUAUUUUGUAAUCUUUUUCGUAGAAUUUGUCGAUGCUUGAAGAAAGUACUACCACACGAUAAGUGCGCCCUCUUUACGAUUACCUUUUACUUUAAGCUCAAAUAGUUUCAAUCUGGUUUCUAGAUAUAAAGAUCUGUUUGAAACAUUACAAACAGUACGUAUGUUACAAACAGUACGUAUGUUACAAACAGUACGUAUGUUAUUGGUUUACUUACAAGAAUUUUUUCAAUGCCUUUUGCGUUCUAUUGAAGGAUGCCCUCUAGUUUGUGGUAACACUUUUUUUGAGAUAGGAUUGCAUUCCAACAAAACCUCGAGAGUCCAACAGUUCUAUACUCUUUGACAGGCCCGUGAGGGGGGGGGGGGUUAAGGGGGUUACGAUGAACUGCCCCAAAACUGGAGAAGGUCGGCAUUUAAAAACGAAAAAUUUAUAUUCAUAGGUAUAUUUACAAUGUUCUCCAGAGUAUCGGAGAUCAUACAAGCCUCAUACAAGCCAGAAGUACUUCAAGUCAACAAUGUAAAAUAUUGUAUAAUGGUUUCCAAAGGGUCCACUUUCCACUGAAACAAACCUCCCACAAAUUAAAUCAUGCUACUAGCCUGUUUGAUACUACUGUCUCCAUUCUUUUCAGUGUCCUACCAGAUACUUGUGUGACCCCUGACACAGAAGCAAUGCAGAUGAAGUGCAUGAGCUCUCACUGGCUAAAAUCAGGGGCCCACAUCUUAAGGGCCUACAGAUUAUUCACCAACAGUUUUUUGCCCCACAUUGGCCGAGCAGGGCCUUUUAAGAAUCAGAAUUGAAAAAAGAAAAAAACACCCUUAAAAUGUCAGAAACACCGAAGCAGUAGGGGCUUUGCCCUAUACACAUCUAGGCUGCACCUGAACUCUAGAGUAGUAUGGCCCCAAGAAGCCUUAGCCAGUGCCCUCAACCUUCUUCAUUAUGCCCUUUGCCCUGCCCAAGAACACUAACAGGAGUUAAGACUCAAACCUUUUGUCUUGAGUUGAAUUAAUAAAACAUAUCACAGCUCCUCCGCAUCUUCCCCAUCUUAUAUACCUUAAUGCUGUAGUUGCUCCGAACAAAAUGUUAUUUAAAUCUUUUAUUAUUAAUAAUCAUAUCAAUUUUGUUGCACAUUAUCAUUAAUCCUAGGUCCUUAAUGUUAAAUGUAUUAUUUAGUGUAUAUUUGUAUUAUAUCUAUUCUGUUAUUGUGAUUUAAAUAAUCAUUAUAUAUUUCAUAUUUUCCUACAAAUUACUGGAAUUUUAUCUUUUUUAGGAAAAUGUUUUCUACUUUAUUAGGUUAGCACCUAUUCCUUGUUGAACAUUUAGUGUGUUCAAUAUGUAUAGUUAUCUGCCUUUGAUAAGCUAAUAAAAUAAAUAUAGGUCCUAUUACACUUGCUUACUGUUCGUUUAUAAAUUUGAACCACAAACUAUAUUUUGGCUAAAACCUGGUUUCCAUAAAAUUUAUACAUUGUCCAUGCUAUCCACCGACAGCUUUCAUCAUCACUGAUUGGCUGGUCGAAUCCAGGAAGUAGUUUCCCAAUUUCUUUGGAGAAAGCUAUGUAGUUUUGGCAUUUGGUGAAGUGACAGUGUACUGAUGUUAUGGAAAGCAAGGUUUAUUAGCAGAUGCAUUGAUAAUACUAUCCCUACAUUCUUUUUAAUAUUCCUGUGAAAAUGUUAGUAAAAAGGUCCAUAAAUCACCGAAAAGUUAAUUGUUUUUGUUGUGUAUAUCAUUGGAAAUUUAUAACUUACUUAGUACUUUCAACGUUCAAUAUUUUAUUAGAGAAUUUUUAUAGCUGAACACCACUUUUUUAAAAUCUUUAAUUUGCAUUUAAAUAUCUCCUAAUUUUUAUGCAAUUUCAUGUCAAGCGAUGUCAUCUAAGAAAUAAAGAGAAUGCCCAGAAUUUUUGUUAUAAACUAACACUAACUGUAAAUAUAAGAUAGAUUAUCUGAUAAACUAAUUUUAUAAAUAUAUUGGCCGACGAAUCUCAUAUUAAAGUCGUAUACGAUCUUGAA